GCGCGCGCGCAGGGGCCUCUGGGAGAGAGCGGGCCGGCGCCAAUGGUCGUCGUCGGCCGCGGCGGCGCGGGGGAAGGUGGCAACGCGGGCGCCCUUCCUCGCCGCCGCCUCCCUCCUCCAUUCAUUGCCGUCGCCUGCCUCUCCCUCCGGCCCCCUCCGGAGCGGCCGCCUCCGCCGCCAUGGAGGCGCUGAUCCCGGUCAUCAACAAGCUGCAGGACGUCUUCAACACGGUGGGCGCCGAUGUCAUCCAGCUGCCGCAGAUCGUGGUGGUCGGGACGCAGGUGAGGCGAGCAGGCGGGCGGGGCCUGCGCCAGGGUGACCUCCUCCGCGUCCGCCCAGCCCAGGGAGGGGUCGCCCUUCAUGGCCCCUUGUGAGGGGGGCUGGGCGUGGAGGCGCCCAUUGGGGCUGGCUUUCGUUUUAGGAUUAUUCUGAGGGGAGGUUGGGUUUGCCCUGCAGUGUCUGGGCGGGAAUGGACGUCGCUGCUCCUUGCUGCUCAUGUUAUGACUCGCAGCAGUUCCACGUAUUUCCCUCAUGGUUUGCGGUGGGCUGGCGCGCAAAAGGCGCCUCGCGACCCCUCGGCGAGUCUCCCCCUCGCGCCCAGCUUCCAGGCGAAGGUCACUCCUUGGGCGUGAGACCCGGGGCUUGGAGAGCAUGUGACGCUUCCACAGAGCACCGGUUCGGUUCUCUUUUUUGCUAGUCGAGUGGCAAAUGCAAAGAAGGGGGAAAGGUGGCCUGUGGCCCCUUAAGAGACUGGCCGGUUCAUGGCAGCUUAAAGCUUUAUUUUUGGUGCCGUAGCUCUGUGUGUGUGUGUGUGUGUGUGUGUGUGUGUGUGCUUGCGCGCCCCCGCGCGCGCUCUUAGCUGGAACAGACUAGCCCCUUUGGAAUUAGUCGAAUGUGUAAUACGGAAGAAACAAACAAGGAAACUGAUAACGGGGGACUAGUGGAACAGGGUUGUGCCUUCGUUGUGAAGCUUCUUCCCAGGGUUAUCUGGCUGGCUGCUGUGGGAACUGGUGUGAUCCAAGAAAGCAAUUUUGAUGUCAUCUUAAUAAUAAUAAUAAUAAUAAUAAUAAUAAAUAAUUUUAUUUAUAUCCUGCACAUCUCUGGGUGGCCUACAACACAUAUAAAAAUAUAACAAAACAUCAAACAUUACAAACAAAUCAGAAAAGUUCUUUAUCAUGUAGAUUUGAGGAAAUAUUGAAACUCCCACUGUUUUCGGAAUUGGUCUGGCCUCAUGUAUGCUGACCCUACAUAAAGUGUGUUCUCCUCACGGCAACCCAGAAAAGUAGGUCACCAUGCUGGUUUUUUACAAACCAGGGAACUACCUUGUCAGUUCAGUUGAGAUUGAUUGUGAACACAGACAUAUACACUAUCUAAAUCCUGUUGCACCGUCUACUACUGAAUUGAUUAUUUGGGGUUGAAUGGUGAGAGGUGAUAAAGCAAGCUAGAGGGUUUAAGAAACUAUCCAGAUAAUGGUUUAGAGAUAUGAUAUGGUUCUGCUGCUAAAACUGAGCAGGGCCUUGUCCUUUCAUCUGCCUGUCUUGGUGAUGAGCUGAGAACCAUACAUGAGCCUCUCUCAGCUUUUCCAAGGAAGGGCGUGGUGUAAAAAACAGUAAUCAAUACACAAAGGAUGAGAACCUGGAAACAAUGUAUUUUAAUUGAUGUGAGGUAUCAGGUGUGUGUGGGGUGGGGUGGGGAUUAAGGAAAACAAUAAAGAUUUGAGAAUAAGAAAAGUCAGAAGGUUUGUAGGCAUGGGGUUAUCAGGGUGAUAAUGUGAAGGGAAUGGGAAUCAGUGGCAGACUAUUAUCAGGGCUGUAUGUACAACAUACUUUUAAAAAACCUCCUUCCAGGUAAUUGCAUUGUCAAGAGAAGCUAAAAUCUAUGAACUGUAUACAUGCUUUUUGGGGGGCAAAAUAUCAAUCUGCAUUUGGGGGCUAUUUUGAUGUAAUUUACUCUAGAUUUCAUGGUUAUGGCAGGAGCUAGGAUAUUGAAGUAUCUUACCCCUUCCUCCAGUUCUUUGAAACUCAGCCAUGUACAGUGGUGCCCCGCAAGACGAAUGCCUCGCAAGACGGAAAACUUGCUAGACGAAAGAGUUUUCCGUUUUGGAGGUGCUUCGCAAAACGAAUCUCCUAUGGGCUUGCUUCGCAAGACGAAAAUGUCUUGCGAGUUCCUGCGGGUUUUUUUUCCUCCCCCCCCCUUUUCUAAGCCGCUAAAAGCCGCUAAUCCGCUAAUCUGUCAAUGGGCUUGCUUCGCAAGACGAAAAAACCGCUAGAUGAAGAGACUCACAGAACGGAUUCUUUUCGUCUUGCGAGGCACCACUGUAUCUGACUUCAGAUAUAUCAGCCCACAAGCUGUGAGAUAUUGGCUCAUAUACAUAUGCGAGUAGUAAAGGAUCCUAACUCUGCUUUUACCUAUAAAAUAUGGAAUGUAAUUUAUACAUAUAUACACUUUUCAUGCAUGUUGCCUUUUUUAUUCAGGUCUAGGAGAACAUCUGCUGGUAAAUUCCAUAUCUUUUCUGCUGGGAUGUAGGUCCCAUUGAGCUCAGUGGAACUCUCUUCUGGAUAAACAUACUUUAGCUAUAUGGUUUCCAAUAUGGACUGUAAAAUGUAAGCCUUUCUUGAGUUCUGUGACCUUACUGCCCAGGGAUGGGAAUCCUCAAUAGCUCGACCUUCUAGUAUCUGCUCCCCCAUCUAGACAGGUUUAACUAGAGCCCGGGGGACACUCAGUUUUAACUUCCCUUAUUUUUGUCCUGAUUUAUCUCUCCACACCCCACACCCCCAGAGGUCAUUGUUCCUUGCCUCUCUUCCCUGUUAUUUUUGGAAUGCUCUUUUUAAAAGGACAAUGUGGGAAAUAGUGUAAUAAGCUGUUCUAUCUUUUAUCCAAACUCUUCCCCCCAUUCAUUUAUGAUUUUUGUGCAAUUGGUUUGGUUGACCUUCUUUGGUGAAUAGGUGUGCCUUUCAAAAAAUGCCAACUCCCUUGCGCUCAAAAUAGCUACACCGUGAUCCAAGCUGCUAUCAUGGGAAUAAUUUUGCAGGUACAUUUGAAGCUUCUUAUACUGACAUUGUUUCAUUGAUAACAAUGUAGUUAACAGAACUUGGGGUUAUAUCCAAUGCUGCUUUUCCAGCAGCACAGCAGACUUUUGCUUGUGCAAAGCAAAUUUCCCUCAUUCAGGAAUUUAGUGUAGUGCUAAUUGGGUAUGUGUGCAUGGAAUGUGGUCCACUCGUGUCAAAACUUUCCCCCUCUCAUUCCCACCCCCCAGAGCAGAUUUAGGGGAUGGGUGAAGAUGGGUCCUCUCGUGUGAGAUCUCAUUCCGUGCAUGUAGCAACUUGGUUGAAUUCUGUCCAUUGAGAACAAUUCCUAGUUCCCCAUUUUUAAUAUGUUUUCAAUUUGUAGAACUAACAGGGCAAUCCUAUGCAUGUUUACUCAGAAGUAAGCACAUCUCUGCUGUCAUCAAUAUCAUUAUAGGAUAAAAAGAGGAAAAUGUGCCCUAUGCUUGUUAUUUAUCAUUAUAAUUUAAUUUAAAGUUGGCUGUACUCCAGUCAUCUAGAGCAGGCAUCCCCAAACUCGGCCCUCCAGCUGUUUUGGGACUAUUACUCCCAUCAUCCCUAGCUAACAGGACCAGUGGUCAGGGAUGAAGGGAAUUGUAGUCCCUAACAUAUGGAGGGCCGAGUUUGGGGAUACCUGAUCUAGAGGGAAGAUAAAACAUACUCACUCUAUCAGGCAUGUGAAGCAGGACUUGUGUUUUCCUAAGUCUGCUUCUGGAUGCAUUAAGUGGGCAUUUAUAGUUGUGUUCCUCUGCUUAGAGUUGCUCUGGUAUCAUUGAAGAAUUAGUGGGAAUUAGUGGGUAGGAUGAGAGAUGAUCUGGCUUGUAAAUAGGCACACUUCUAGUUGCCAAUUGUAAGUCAGAAAUUGUGUGCUGAUGACUAGGAAGGAAAGCUCUCUCUCUGUCACACACUUACACUCACACACACUGUACUUUCUUUUACAGAGCUCAUUGGGGUUUUAUUCUCUUUCUUCACCUUUACCCACUUAACAGUCCUGUUUGGUAGUUUGGGCUUGGAGAGGGUGAUAACCCGAGGUUAUCACUCAGAGUGUGUCUUGGCCAAGGUGGGUUGUGUGUUGAAACUCUACAUUCCUAGACUUGGUCAAAGGGUUGAGACAUGCAGAACUGCAGGUCCUAAAACAAGUUUAUUGGAGUUCUAGUAGGAUACACUAACGGGUAGUGCAUUUUGCUUUCAAAUCCAGAUAAUCUUUCAGUUUAAGAUGAAUCUCUUGUUUACGUCUUUAUCUCAAUAUACUCCUUUUCUUGUACUGGGGUUUCUGUAUUCUAAUGCAUUUGCAACAUGAAAUCUUGUGUUAGCCUUGGAUGUUGCUUCAUUUUGCAUUAAACAUUUUUUGUUUCCCCCCUGCGUGCCUUCCUUCCCCCAUGCCUCUCCUUGCUUCAUGCUUCACUGAUACUACUUUUCUUUGGAAAUAUGCUCUGUUGAACUUAAGUGACCUAAUUUUUAUUCUCUGUAGGCAUGGUUUAGUCCUACUUAGUAAGUGUUUCCCAGUUGGAAUUGGAGCAGUAUUACACAGAGGUCCUUGACUUACUUUUUUCGCUAUAUUCUAUGCAGAUAAAAAAUUAAUGUUACAACUCAUUUUUUUAAGAUUGGGUGAACUCUGUUUAGUCGUUGACAGAUCUAGGACUCUUUCUAGUGUACGUUGGGGAAAUGCAAUGAAGCAUCUGGCUGGCAUAGUGUUCCCCCUCAUGGUUGCUUUUGAGGAAUUGUGCUUUGGAUGUACACAUGCAAGUGGAGGCUAUCCCAUUUUUUUUCAAGUGUUGGAGGAACACACAUCAAGAAGAGAAGGGAUGUAGCUCAGUGGUAGAGCAUCUGUGUUGCAUGCAGAAUGUCCCAGCUUCAAUCCCUGGCAUUUCCAGGUCGGGCAGGACCCCAUCUGCACUAUACAGUGCAUUUAAGCAGUAUUAUGCCACUUUAAACAGUCAUGGCUUCCUCCCAAAAAUAAUGGGAACUGUAGUUUAAGGAUGCUGAGAGUUGUUAGGAGACCUCUAUUCCUUUCACAGAGCUACUUCUUCCCAGGGAACUCUGGAAAUUGGUUUUUCAGCCAAGAGAGACUCCCUCUUCCCGAACGACGCUAUGUGGUUAGAAACAUAUCAUCAGCAUUUCUGUCUACGUUGAUAGGGAAAACCAGGCUUAAUUUUUGAUAUUUAUCUUCUAAAUUGGAAGAGUUAAAGUUGGUAGCCCUCUAAGGUAUCACUUUACCUGGGCGAGGAAUUCUUUUCAUGCUUGCCAGAUAGAUGCUUGAAAUGGCCUGAGGCUUAGGCCUGUGUCGCUUUUGUCACAACACUUUUAAAAAUGUCUUCAGGUGGGUCAAGAAGUAGAGGCACUAUGUGGGAUCUCUAUGCAUGUUUAGGAAUAGAGGUAGAAAGUAAAAAAAAAAUGCUAAAAGGCUAAAAUGCAGAGCAAAUGAUAAAUGAUUCAAAAAAAUUGAAUUGUGAGUAUUUUUCACAUUUCAGCUAUAGUAUCUCUUUAAAAAAAGAUCUAAAAAUCAAAAUUUAAUGCCAAUAUAUUAUAAACUUGACCAAUUUCUGUUGAAUGUAAUCCAUCUAAAGGCCUGGCUCACACAUAAUGCUAAUACAUGGUUUAUUUAGCCAAAGUUUGGUUUGUAGCAGAGCCGACUAGACUAACAAUGAUUUGUUUUUUGGCCCCAAACUAUGGUGUAAAACAAUGGCUUAUUGGUUUAUGAACCAUGGUAUGCUUUAAUUAUCAUUUGGCAUCACAGUACAGGCAGUGACCAUUUUAAACGAGUAUAAUGGACGUGUGUCUGCUGACCUGCGGAUCCUUUUGGACCCCAAAGAGGGAGGAAUGGGGGCAGGGCGCGCUCUGGGAAUUGCCUGCAUGUCAAAACCCAACAGCCUUUCUUAAACAUGCUAUGUUCAAUUUGAUUAUUUAAUUUCUGUACUUCUUAACGGUAUACAGAAAACUGAAGCAGCAACAGACAACUUAAAAUAUUACAAAAAUAUGGUUACAUAUUAGAAUGUUACAUUAAUACAAAUACAUAUAUGGGUUCUCACACAGGGUCCGUGCUAUGGCAGCAUGAGGCAAGAACAGCUGUGGAAAACUAACCAAGAUUCGGAGAAACAAGCCUGCCUUGUGACUUGUGGUUUAACCAUGUAACCAUGGUUAAAACAGAUCAUGACUUUGCAUUAUCUGCAGACACAACCACUGACUGCUUUUCUUUAUAUGAAAAUAAAAUCCUGGAAGGCAGUCAGUCUUCAAACAGGAAUUUGUUUAUAUACAGUUCCUUAUUUAUACAGAGUUAAAUUCAUGAAUUUCCAGUAAAAAGUCAUUAAUUUCACACUCUCAUCCUGAACACUAACCAAAUGUAAUUCUAUUGUGCAAAAUACAUGUGAGUUGCAUUUACAGAGGUUUUGAAAUACAUUGCAAGUCAGUAUGCAUUCAUUGUUAAAGCAACAAAUUAAAAUGUGUGUGUUUUAGAAAAUGUGUUAAUUCCUGAAUGGAUGACUUUGUUUGAAUCAGUGAUUUAAGUAGAUAUCUUUAAUACCAAUUUGAAUCAGUACUUAGUACAGUGUAAUUCUAUGCAUAUUGACUCAGAAGUAAGCCCCAUUGAAUGGUGUGGGGCUCACUGUGAGGAAAGAAUCUUCUCCAACCUGGCGCCCUUCAGAUAUUUUGGAUUAUGACUCCAGUCAGCCCCAGCCAUUCAUCUGGCAUUUCUCAACCUGGCAGAAUAAAAUCUAAUUGCUGAUCUCAGUUUAACAGGCCUGGUAAAUUUCCUUGAGAAGCUUGGGUUUCUUGUUUUUACGUCCUUGCAAGAUGAUGCUUUUCCUGUUCUGGUCUAUAAAGCGAGGAAGAGCAGCAAAGUGAAACUGACACUAAUUAUCUGUUUUUAUUGUAAAUUCUCCACAGCUUGAGUGUGCGUGGAUCCAGUUGAGCUGUGUGCUACAGUGAGUUGACAGUGUGCUACAGAUUCACGCUGCUUCAGUUAGUCUGUUGUAACUAGUUGGGCAUAGACACGUUCUAGUCUAGGGUACAUUAAGAAGGUGUGACAGCUGCUAUUUCCCCCUUUCUUGCUGCCAAGGUUGCCCCCAUUCAGUGUAUGGAGGAGUGUUGCUGAAAUCCAGAUGAAGACUCUUGAUGAAAAUGUAUAAUCUUAUUACUAAAGAUUCUUCUGUUCUAGCAGGCUUUUGUUGUAUGAGGAAGAUAAUGGCUUUUAAACUUGAUUUUUAACUGCUGAUCUUGUUUACUUGGUUUGUUUGUUUUAUGAAAUUGUAAUUUUAAAUGUUGUACACCACUGCUUUGAAUUGUGUUCUUGCACCAGAAAGGUUGGAUGUAAAUAGUUUAACUGAUAAAUAAAACCCUUUCCCCCCCUUGAAAAUCCGUUUUGUCAGUAACCAAAGAAAUGGCACGUUGAUGUAUCCUCAGUGUAACUACAGAUGCUUAAUUAAGCUGAUAGUGGAAUCGUAGAGUUGGAAGGGACCCCAAGAUCUGCUCCUUAAGAACCCUCAAGGUGGUAAAGGAGUAGAUUCCUCCUCCCCAACAUACUGAUCACUCUGCAGCGGAGGUGACUAACUUGUGCCCCUCAGUGGACUAUCAAUUCCCAUCAUCACAGCCAGCAUGGCUAAUAGUUGGGGAUGAUGGGAGCUGUAGUCCAACAACAUCUGGAGGGCCACAGCUUAGCCACACCCGCCCAGCAAUUUUAUUUAUUUAUUGUUGAGGAAUCCGAUGACUUACUUAGAAGUCUUUAAGCAGCCUCGGAAAUAAGUCCUUGCAAAAAAUUUAUUAGCCUGCUAGGGGCUAGCAAAGGACAGAGGGAGUGAGUCAUUUUUGUCCCAGGCAUGGAACUAAACCUGUUUUCUAUGAAGUAUUCCACAUGGUUUCUGUCUUGGGUGCAGAGGAGGGUUGGAGCACCCCAUCCAUCCUGCCCGCUUAUCAAUUGUUGUUGCUUACAGCUACCAGACUAGUGCUGAAAUACAAAAGGCACGGUGCAAGUUGCUGCAGACAAAAUACCUUGCCUUUUAAGAAGUACCCCUUUAAUAGCAAGUAGAAGAAAUGCAUACAGUGGAACCUUGGUUCUCAAACUCAGUCCUUUCUGGGAGUCCAUUUGACUCCUGAAACUGUUCCAAAAUCAAGGUGCGGCUUCCGAUUGGCUGCAGGAGCUUUCUGCACUCAAACGGAAGCUGCUUCAGACGUUCGGCUUCCAAAAAAAGGUCGAAAACCGGAACACACACUUCUGGGUUUUCGGCGUUCAGGAGCCAAAACAUACGAGUACCAAGGUAUUUGGGAACCAAGGUAUGACUGUAGUUACUUGGAAGUCCUACUACUGCUUCAUGAAUUGGGGAAGUGAGUGCAAGCAGUUGUUGUCUGUGUGUGUGUGCGCGCGUGCGUGCAUGCACACACACAGUCUUGGGGCUGCCGCCCCUGUUUGCAUUGCUCACCAAGCCUCACGGCCUCCUCCUCUUACACCUGAGCCAGAUCUCCAUCCCCUCACAACUCCUUCAAGUUCCCCAUAUCCUCAAGACUUCCGCUGUGUCCCUCCAUUCCUGUUUGAGUCAGACCUCGGCUGCUGUUUAAAACCACCCCUUUAAAACCUGCCUCUUUUAUUGCUCCACUCCCCUGCCAUGACUUCCUGAAAUAUUGCAAUGAGAUGUCCUCCAGUGGGGGUUGUGCAAUGGCAGCCUUGCAGUUUUGUGUCUAUAGGAGGUUUAUGUAAAAUUCAUUCAUUCAUUAUCUCUUUCUCUCUAUAUAUAUAUAUAUGUCAGAAGAGAGAGAGAGAAAAUGUACAGUACAGCAUUUGAAGGAGACUGUUGAGGUUAUGGAUGUAUGCAGAAGUGUUUACAGUAAAAAACAACCCAAACAAACAACAAUAAGCAGUAAGACCAGCAGCUAAAAAGAAAAAAAUUGACCCAUUUAUAUUGAUACAAAUGGAGAUUUUGAGGCCAGGCCCAAGUUGUCAUUUAGGGCUUUAAAGGUUAAAAAUCAGUCUCUGGAAUUGAGCCCAGAAACUAAUUUGCAGUCAGUGUAAUUUAUGCUCGAUUUGAAGAAGGAAAUUUAUUAGAGCUUAUUGGAAGUAUAUGUCAACAAGUUUUGGAGUACUGAGGAUCACUGUAAGGACAGAUUAUGUCAGAGAUGGGGAACCCAUGGUCCUUAAGAUGUUGGACUCAAACUCCCAUUUGCCCCUGCCAACGUGGUCAGGCGAGGGAUAGUUUGAGUUGGGUUAGACUGUAACUAAAUACGGUUAGCCUUGUAAUAUUUUUCAGUAACUUUUUAUGCUUUUGUAAACUCUAAGCUCUGGCAUAUAACAUUGUAAGUGCCUUUUAAAAAUCAUAGCUGAGCUUCUGAUAGUUCUUGGAUUGUUUUCUGAACGAAUGCUUCAGAGCAUUAUGAUCCGUAAUUAGCUGCUUCUGAUAGGUUGGCCUGUUAGUACUGCAGCAAAGGUUCAUCAAAAUUAGUGAUGAAAUUAUUUAAUUAUAGUUGCAGAAAGGAUUAAUAGCAUGUAAUGGUGUACUUGCAUUAGCGCCCCAUCUUUUAAAUGUUGAUUUUUUCCUACUUAUCAUGGGGCUCUUUCUGAGGCUUUUUCUCCCUCACCAGUUGUACUCACUGUAGAAUUGGGAACAGAGUCUGGUCUGGCACACUUCCUCUCUCACUUUCCAACCCCAUCUGUUGUAUUACUUGAUCUAGGGGGGGCAGCUGCCGCCCCUACACCCAUGCCUGGGAGGCAGCUAUAGUUUCCCUCCCUUUCAUGCUAGGUUUUCAUGAAAUGCUAUGAUGGGAUAAAAGCAGAAUUGCCAACAGAGGGCAGUCUAGAUCUGUUGCAACAGAUAGAUCCAUCUUUUUUUUCAAAGCCUGAUUUUUUUCGGGGAGGUUUUUAUUGACACCUGUCCACAACCUAUGAAACUCCCAACUCUGUCAUUUGUUCAAGGAUAUUGGAAUAGUAGAAUGUAAUAUGCAAUUCCUUUGCUUCCUUUUCUGUUUUCAGAGCAGUGGGAAAAGUUCUGUGCUGGAAAGUCUGGUGGGGAGAGACCUGCUCCCACGAGGCACAGGGAUUGUCACCCGGCGCCCCCUCAUCCUGCAGCUGGUGAACGUUUCUGCAGAGGAUCUUCGGAAAAAAACUGGAGACGAAAACGGUAAGGGCUGCUCAUAAUGGGAUGCGAUCCUUAAAAGGAAACUACUGUUCAGUUGCCGUUAUACAGUCAUGCCAAGUUAAGAAAUAGCCAGCAUUUUAAUUUUAAAAGCCGCCGACGCCUUUCCACGGCCUGCGUGUGUUUCACAUUUUUCUCUCUUUUUAUAUCCUGAGGGCAAGGCACAGCUGCUUUGGAUUUGUACCACCUGCACAACAAGGAAAGCUUGCUUGUGCCCUUGCCAUUCCUGUGGGUGGUAUUACUGUUACUCACUCAUAGCAUUCAGCAAUUUUAGAACUGAAGUUGUGUGUCUUCUAUUUACAGCUGCCUCAUUUUGGGGGUAGUGGGCUACAUCGCAAUUGCACUUAGCAUUUUAAUGGAAUGCAUAGGAAGUUGCCUUAUACCGAGCCAGAACAUUGGUCUGACUGGCUCAGUGUUGUCAACGCUGAUUGGCUGAGGCUCUCCAAGGUUUCAGAAAGGAGAUGUUUCUAGUCCUACCUGGAGAUGCUGGGGAUCAAAUUUAGGGCCUUAGCAGAUGCUCUGUGACUGAGCUAUACCCCUUUCCUAUGCUAAUAGCAUUUGACAGAGAUUGCUUCAGUUCUCAACGCUGGAAGGUAGGGCAGUAUUAUAAUGAUGUUGAGAGAAUAGGGGCUUACCUAAGGCCACCUGGUGCAGAGGAUGGCAGAAAGAUGGUCCAAAUAGUUGGAUGAUUAGGAAUAGAUUUAUACGUGUUUCUGAUUGCCAUAAAAAAUAGGAACUGAGAAUCAUUGCAUUCACAUCCAUCCAUCAUUAUUGCAGGGGUUUUUUCCAUUCAUCUUAGCCGAAAUAAUCAUUUUGACAGGAGACAAUUAUUCUCACAGUAACUGGAUAAUCUUCAUUUGUUAGAGAGAUUGCUUUGUUUUUGGCUUAGAAUAACUGAUGCCUGUUUCCUGUAAUGGGUUGGAGAGCCCUCAGAUGUUUUUAGGGCGGGAGAUGGUGGGAAGAGAACUGUGUGCACUGCGCUGGGCUUCUUGGAGGAAAGGUAGGAGAGAACUGUAAUAAAUAAAUGGAUUGCAGCUCUCACUUGUUGCUACUUUAUUAAUGUGUAUCCUGCCCUUCCUUCCAAAGCAGUCUGGGGUGGGACAUACACAAGAGAUAAAUCAAUCAAAACAUCGAAAAACAUCUCCAAAAUAUAUGCAGACUGGGAAAGAUCUCUACAUAAAAGUCUUGUUGGAAGAUGCAGGCCUUCAGUGGGCAUUGUAAAGGCAGCAGGAGGUGUUAAAUAGAGGCCUGUCUAAUAUUUAAGGGGAGCAAAUCCCAAAAGGUAGGUGCCACAACACUAAAGGCUUGAUUCCUAUAUUGUGCAAAAUGGGAUUUCCUGAUAUCUGCCGGAGGCCCCCACCAGUAGGCUGCAGUGAGCAACUGGGUAUAUAAUGGGCAGGGUGAUCUUCCUCUUCUAGCUGCUACACCGUAUGAAAAAAAAAGAAUUCUGAAGGAAUAAAGAGACUUGGAGCCACUUGGAGUUUUUGUCAACCAGUUUCAUAAGCUGCAUCAGAAGCUAUUUGACCUGGAAAGGAGUGGUUGUGUCUUGUCUUAACUGGUUCAAAGUUUUGUGCUCUGGUAAUGCCUCCUGUUUAUUUAAGGAUAUUGUCCAUUUGCCUUCGAGAUCACCAAAGCUUUCAUCUUCCCUUGAAUAUCCAUGAUUUUAAUUGAGGGAGGGGAAGAGAUUGUGUGGAACCUUUUCUAAUUAUAGGAACAACAACUAAAUCAUUGACAAUAUGUUAAGAUGAUUAAGUGCUUUUUCCAGUUCCUGUUUCUGAUUUAAAUAUCUUUAAUGCUGCCAUGUAAUAUUACAUUCUGAAAAUAAUGACCUGAAAUCUUUGCCAGCCUUUGUAAACUGCAUGUAAUAAUUGUUAUUGCUUGGAGGAGCCAUUUUGCAGUGCAGUGUUGGAUUUGUGUAUACCUGUAAAUCUAUUUCAGGCUUUGGAAUAAAUCUUAGCCUGCUUGCUGUAUUUGUGCUGGUUUAUUUGAAAGGAGAAUCCUCACAAAUAAUCCACUAACACCUGCCAGCUGAAGGUUUAUAACGCACACCCUACUUAAGCUGCCUCUAACAACAACUGGGAUUUGGGGAAUUAUUUGUUUUGAAAGCAUCACCUUCUUUGUUUGUGGAAUCCCCCAAAUUCCCUUGUCUUGGCACAAUAAGAGUACAAUGCAGUUGAAUGAAAUGGUUGGCUAAAAUAAACCAGAAUAUGUUGCAUUUUUUCAUGCUUUAUAAAUGCUCCUGUUCUCUUGGCUAAUUUGUAUCUUAAGCCCUUGAUAUGAGGUUAUAAUAAUAUUUUCCUUUUCCACAAGUGAAGGAGAGUUUGGGACUUUCCGUAUAGCUUCCCCUUUAUAUAUGUUCUUUUUAAUAUCCUGUGCAAGCUUUUUCAGCAGGAAAGUUGACACUUCUGUGCUGUUGCCUUUAUCUAGGAUAUAUAUGAAACAGUGCUUGUGUUUCUUAUCCUAGUAGCAUCAAACAUCAGCUCAUUUUCCGACUAGCUGCCCAUUAUACCUGUUGGUAUAAAACUAUUUGAGAGAUGCCAGAAAGUCAAAAGGGAGGAUGUCUGUUGAAUCUCUGCUGGAAGCAUGUUUCACAGCAUGGGACCAGUGACACCAAAUGCUCGAUUUCCAGUUGUGGCCAGCCAGGCCUCUGUAACUUGCAGCAUUCCUCCAGAUAACCUCCAGAUGGUCCUUAAGGCAUCCUAGACCCAAGUUGUUUAAGGCAAAAUGACAUCAUAGAAUCAAAUGCACAGCCUGCCAUGAUGACACCAUGUCAUUUUCUGUCACUUCUUCUUGUUGGCUCCCGGAUUCAAAGGAUGUGAUAACCAGGAGCCUGGUCUUUGUGCUCAUCUUUCUUUCGCUUGGUUUGGGUAGAGGAAAUGGGAAUAAGCAAGGGAUUGUCUCUUCUGGUCUUCCAGGUCUAAGCAAUAAAAAGAGGGAGUAUGCUUGUGUGGAGAGAAAGGGCGUUAUUUCUUUACUUAUCCUUUCAACAAAGCCCAACUUCCAUUCCAAUGGUUUUCUUGAACCCAUUCCACUGUCGCAAUUUAAUAUCACCUAUAACCCAUGAAGCCUUAACUUACCAAUAACCCUUGUAACUAUAAGCAUAUUAAAAAGCCAGCCAAGUGAAGUUAUAGUAUUUAACAAAUAAAUUAGUGUUUGUUUAUGACUGUAUUGUGCGGUAUACAAACUUAUGCGCUUACCUUAAUGUAAGCACAUUUUAAAUGGAUAUACACUUUGCUAACUCAUUACUGUUAAAUACCAAAAAGUUUAUUUUACACUACUAAACCAAGAGAAAGCAAUUAGGUACCCUCUUGAAGCCCUUUUGCCAAAUUGCCCUUGUACUUACUCCACCCCAGUUAAGCCUCACCAGUGCUAUAACUGAUUACUUUUGUUGAAGCUCCUGAUUCAACCUCAACUGAAGGCAGCCCUGUUCAGGGAAGCUUUUAAUGUUUGAUGUUUUAUUGUGCUUUUAAUUCUGUUGAGAGCCACCCAGAGUGGCUGGGGGAACCCAGCCAGAUGGGCGGGAUAUAAAUAAUAAAUUAUUAUUAUUAUUAUUAUUAUCUACUGACCUACUAAAGUGCAGAUAUCUCCCCCUGUCCUGUCCUGGAAUCUUUUUCUGUCUCUCCAGACAUCAGAGCCAGGCGUUCUUAACUGCCUCUCACUUCUCCUUCUCCCCUUAUCUCUUCAGCCUAAGCCCAGUAAUUCAUCUAACCCAGCACAUCUUUGACCACUUUGCUUGCCUUUCAGGUCUUCUUUCUUCUUCUUUGAUGCUCUCUGCUGCCUCCUCCUUCUGCCUGUCCAGCACAGGUGCCAACCAGCCUGGACAGACCAUCCCAACUAACCGCUGCUGACCAGUACCUGGCCAUAUAUAUGCUUCUUCUAUCCCCUCUAGUCCAGGCCCAGCCAAUCACACUGCCUGAGUAAAUAUUCUAAACCUGCAGCCACCACCCAGAAUAUGCCUGUCUUCUAUCACUUUGCAUACUGAGAGUUCUAUCUCCAACCCUCACCAAGUGUCAGUUAAGGAGUCCCAGGGAAAGUUAAACCGACUUUCACCUGAACAGGCAGAAGGCUUCCCUCAUCAGAUGCAUUACAGUGUAUAAUAUCACAAUACAAAUGCUAGCAUGCACUACACACUACCCUUUAAAAGACAGUUUAAACAAGCAGGAUUUCUUCAGAGCUCUCAAGGUUGCUUUUACAGUUCAUGGGCCUUCAUAUCAUUCCUGUUAGAAUGCAAUGCCCCUUACAGAUAAGAUUUUCCCAGGAAAGAGGCAAGCCAUACAGAUUUCUGCAUUCCAUUCAAACCCACCACAUUUCCAUUCUUCCUCAACCUCUGCUCUCAGGCAGUCUCACAGGAAGAAGGCCAUAUAAGUCCAUAACUUAUAUGACUUCAGACUCCCCUGACCUCGGUGACUGAAUACUCUGAGCAUUGACUUUUGAAAGUUGUGAUACCUUAUACAUCUUUUUAAUAGUUUUAAUGUUCUCAUAUGGCUAACACAGCAAGAUGUAUUUAAAAGGAGCUAGCCAAAUAAGGGAUAAAUGUAACAAACAACACAGUAGUGUAUCUUAAUACAGUGGUACCUCGGGUUAUAUACGCUUCAGGUUACAGACUCCGCUAACCGCUAAGAAAUAUUACCUCGGGUUAAGAACUUUGCUUCAGGAUGCGGCGGUGGCGCAGAAGCAGCGGGAGGCUCCAUUAGCUAAAGUGGUGUUUCAGGUUAAGAACAGUUUCAGGUUAAGAACGGACCUCCGGAACGAAUUAAGUACAUAACCAGAGGUACCACUGUACAGAGAUGCAAAUUAUGAAGUACGGUAGUGAUCGCUGAUCUUGUGUUGCUGUAAAUGCAGGCAGACCAUAACUCCCUGAUUCUUAGGGGGUCUUUUAUUGUUGAUGAGAAAUGUGUAAGUUUGGGGAGAAAGUGGUAACAAGACAUGCUCUCCCUCCCCCCCCCAUCAGCUUGGUGUAAUUAAUUCAUGCCCCUGCAACUCUUGACUGUCUGUAAUGUUUGUGAAUUUUGGCUUUGUUUGGGUCUAAAACAGCAUAAUAAAGAGACUUAACAGAGUUUUUUCUUUUCUUUUCCCUCCUGCUAAUCCUGCUGUGAAAGAGUCUGGAAGUGAAAUGUCUAGCCUCUUAAGUUUUUAAAGUGGCCUUUCACCUAAGAAUUUCUUCUCAUAGAUAAUUUUCUUUUUUCUGGCUGGGUGAGUUAAGGAGGAAGGAAGAACAAGUAGCUCUACAAGAAAUUGAUAUUCUUGUCACUCCUUUUGGGUUCAAAACAAAAAUGUCAUUCUUAGGGAAAUAAAUUAGUUUGAAGAUGAGAGCAGCAUUAAAUUUGGAACAUGACAUUAAACGAAGUAGUGUCAAGGUACCCUUUCACUGAAUUUUAAGAGCUCAGGUUGAAUGUGGAGUGUAGAAAUCGUUAUCUUAUAUAAACAAUACAGUUUAUAUAUCAAGUUAUCAAGCUUUUUGGAACAAAGUCUGAGAUAAAUAAAGUGAAACUGGACAAUCAUUUCCUAUUCAUAAGCCGAAUUUAUAAAUCCAAGGUAGUUCUUUGUUAGCACAAUGUAUGAAUGGUGGCCGCAGUUCACAAUUAUGGACUGCAAUAACAUACUUUUGCAGAAUUUGUGGUGGUUUGUUAUGUUAGAUUUGUUGUUUUUUGGCCAGAAACGUAGGUGGCCAAGAGAAAUUGAUGUUAAAAAAAAAAGAGAGACAAACUUGGAUGGCGAGGUUCACAAUAAAGAAACAAACUGUUUGCUACAGUUGUGGGUUGUGCAUCCUUAAGAUCACUUUGGCUCAGCAUGCAAAACAGAGUGCGAUGGGAAGCAAGAUAGCAUCUGCUCACCCACCAGAUGGCACCUGUUCCUCUCCUUACGCUAGUUGGGUAUAAAGUUGUGCAGGACCUACUUGCAAAAAAGAAAAGAAAAAGAAAAAGAAAAGUCCAGUGCAGCUUGUCCUGAAGUAUGCUGGCAGUUUCAAGAUUUUAUGCAAACACCUCUGUGGUUCAGCCCUGUGUAUGAUGACCUUCAUUGCACUGAAUAUUGAAUAGCGUAUAUGAUAUCCAGUAUGUGAGUGUCUGGGUUUGGAGGCAAUACACCCACAACUAGUAACUAGCUUCUACACGUGUUAAAGCCUUGCCCAAACUGAGCCACUGUGAUGGUUUUUCAUUUCCUUUAAGUGGUGGUAUCUUUCUAAACUACUCAUCCUUGCUCAUUUUCCCCUUCUAGCUUAAGUAAAAUCUAUUUGCCAAAUGGUGGUUUGUCACUUUGCAGUAUUUAUGCUAAUUAGAGGGAGUUACUGACAGCAGCAGUUAUCUCAGUUAAUAUGCACUGUUAGGAUCACCUUGAAAUACGUCUGCUGCUAAAUUAAGACUGGUUUUCAGAAUGUUACAUUCUAACUCUGCAUUAAGCAUGCAUGCAUUUCUCGUGUGGCACAUAUGUCUUAAUGUAUGUUGUGAUUCCUGCAAGACUGAUAAUGUGCUAUCACAGAGGGUCUGGAGGGAGGGAAAAAUAACCAAACUUUUGAUGCUGUUUCUUUUCAACUGCAGACCCUGCAACUUGGAAACAUGCAAGGCACCUUUCGAAAGGUUUCCUAUUCACUUCUUUUCCUCCUACACAGAAUCUGCAUGCUUUUGUAUUCUAGCCACAUGCAUACCAUGCCACUUUUAUUGCUGCCUGCUGUCCUUUAUUUGCACAUUUACACUCUGGCUGCUGUGCUGAAUAGCUGUUGUUUUGCUGGGCCCGCUGGCUUAGUUUGCCGUUUCCUUCUUUCUGCCUCUGUGUCAAACUAGAAUGCAAUGUAGAAAUCUUGACCUAUUUUUUAAAAAAAGAAAAUUGUGAUAAAGUGCUUUGUCAUAAUAACCAUCACUGGUUUUUUUUUGUUACCAGAUUGUACUUUUAAAUCUGUGGUAGCAAGAAGUCUGUUGGGAAUAGCAAAACAAAGAGAGAUGAAUUUCAAAUAAGUGCUUAAAUAAUAACAGGACGUGAAAGACUACAUGGUGCCAUAAAUGCGGCCUGUGGCCUGCCAGAUGUUGACUCCUGCCAGUCUUGGCCAAUGGGCAGAGAUUCUGAGAUUUAGAGUCCAUCAACCACUGGAGGGUCAUAAUUUAUCUGUCCCUUGUUUAAUGCAAUGGACCUCUCAUCAAAAGGACCCAGAAGGGCUUUCCUACUUGUUUUUAGUAAGGAAUUAGAGGUCUGGUGGCUCUCCUGUCCCGCUUUCCCACUGGCUGUAGUAGCAAGGGCUCUACAUCACAAUCACUGGGGGCAGAGGUAGGGAGGAGAAUGGUAGGAGAGGAGGAAUUGUGUGCCCUACCUGUGUUCCUCCCUGCCGUUCUCUUCCCUGCUGGUACUGAGAUGCAUGUUGCUGUAGCCUGCAGGGAAAGGGGUUCAGCAGCUUGUGACUGCAUAGUAGAGAGUCCUUCCCACCUGCAGCGGUGCCUUUCACUUGACAGUGAUCCUGAAACAGGUCCUUGGCCUUGGAACCAACUUGUAGCCCAUGACCAAAACCUGGCUGUCUCUCUAAGGUUAAAUAACUUAAAAGUUGCAUAUCCAGAGUUGGAGACCUAUCUUGCCAGUGUUCUUACCCUUAAAUCCGAUUGACCUGAGCAUAUAAUACAAUGUGUGUUGCUGGUAGCCACAACUAGAAUGUGUCUCUAGAGGACACAUGUGCAAUGCACUUUCUUUCCUGAAAGAGAUGUCGUCAAACAAGCAAUGUUACCUGCUACCUUAAGAUUCUAGGAAGUGAAAUAUCACAGGAAGCCAAGGGUAAGACAGUAUAAGGGGCAAAAUUAGACAUAUUAGUUGAUUUGAAAGGUGUGAAGUCCUCCGGUUUAUGAACCAGACCUUCUUAGAUAUCUAGUUUUUGUUUUGAGAGUUUUCUGUUUUGAAUGUUUGUCUCUUUUCAUUUCCCCUUUUCUCCCAGGAAAGCUUAUACGAAAGCUUCAUUUUGCACAUGUUGAAGGAAAUUGCCAAAAAUUUAGGAUGCUUUGGUGUAUGUGAUAUGAACAGAGCGUACCGGACAACAAAUUAGUGUCGCCCCCCCCCCACUCAACCACCAGAUGUCUUGUUCUUGUAUGACUGAGUGGCCCCACUUAAGCUACAGUUAGCCAUGGCUAAAGCCCCAUUUAAAACCAUUUAUUCAAAUAGGAGUCUGAUAAGAUUGGGGCCAUUGCAGAUAAUGGCAUGUUGUACUUGUAUGCCACAUACACACUUGUUCAAUCACUCUUAUCACCACGUGUGGGACUCUGGUCAACAAAGUGAUAGUAAUAUAUGAUAAGGAGUAUAUGUUAGGCCCCAGUUUUUAUCUUAUUAGUAUAAGAAUUAUAAACAGAAAUGAAGAUCUUAGUAAAUAUUGAGGCAUUUGAUUUCUGGCGAAUUGACACUAGAUUAGGGCUGCCAUAUGUCUGGAUUUUCCAAGAUAUUACCAAGAUUUCAAAGGCGGAAUUGAUGUCCGGGGGGGGGGGGGGAUUUCUGAAAGGUGGCGCUUUGUCAGUCAGAAAAUGUGUUUUUUUUGGCUUUUUUGUAAAAAAACAAACAAAAAACCCUCAACUUUUUUGGGGGUUUCUUAAAAGAAGCUCCACAACUUUCGGGGUGUCCUGGUUUUUCCUUUUUGAAAUAUGGCAAGCCUACGCUAGGUCCAUUUGACGAAUGCUCCUUAAAUGCUUGGGGUUUUUGUUUUUGUUUUCCAUCACAAAGGUUGAGCAUAGACAAACUCAAUGGAGAAAAUGUACUUGAAGCUGAAAAAGUUGGUUGUGUUGCUCCACUUCUUCUCUCAUGCCAUGACUGUCUCUUUCCAGGGGUUGAUACUGAAGAAUGGGGAAAGUUUCUGCACACCAAAAACAAGGUACGUUUUCUUGAUUUUAAAGCCACAAAUGCACAUAGGGAUUUUGGUGUGUGCGUACGUAUGUGGCAGGGGGAGAUGUCCUGAGGAAAAUGCACUCUGGUGGGCCCCCUCUUCCGUUGGGGGGUUUAGCUGGCAUUAGUGGCGGACAGCAACAGUAUUGCAUGGCUGAAGGGUGCAGUUUUGAUUUCCUACAAUGUCCCAGUGUGGUACUGUUGUCACAGGCAUUAUGGGAAACUAAAAUGGCAGCUUGACGUGGCCUCCUGGUAUUGCUCAAAGCACAAGCCAGGAGAAAUAAACAAACAAUGGGAGUUCAGGGCAAGCAUCAGUGGUGGGUCCUGUCAGGGUGCUAGGACCCUGGCAGCUGCCUGAGGAUGUUGGGUGCUGAUGUUGAGGGUUUUUUUCCCUUUUCCUUUUUAAAACUUCAGCUCUACUCAGACUUCGAUGAAAUUAGGCAAGAAAUAGAAAGCGAAACCGAAAGGAUUUCAGGAAAUAAUAAGGUGAGUGACUAUGGUUGGCUCAUCUUUUAAAAGAAGUAAUUUCAACACAGAAACCACAAUUGGGAAACAAUGAUGUACAUUCUUCAGAUUGGAAUUAUUUUGAUGCAGGAUCUGGAGCCCACAAUUGAGAAACAGUCAUGCUAUUGCUUUCUUAAGCCAAGUCACUUUUAUCUAAGUUCCAUGUUCCCAAAGAGGCAGAAUCUACUACUGACGUUGCUCAUAAUCUCCAAGGACACAGCUCCUGUCAAUCUUCCCUCGUGGCUUUGCAUUAUUGUCCUAAGAGCAUUGGCUUGUUCUGUGAACUAAGAGGAGCUAACUUGAGGCCCUCCAGAUGUUGCUGAUCUCCAAUACCCAUCCCUGAUCCAGUGGAAGCCGUAGUUCAGCAACAUCUGGAGGGCCAGAUGUUAGUGGCCCAUGAAUGUUGUCUUCCAUACAAAAAUCAGGCACAUUUGUCAGGCACAUUUAGGGACAAAUAGCCGAAGCAUGUAGACUAAGCAAAAUUUCAGACAUGGACACCUGAACUGAGCAGUAUGCUAGAUUAUAAAGACAGGUACCCAAAUUACAAAAACAACCUAGAUUCAAAGGCUAAUUUAGGUUCAAUGAUACCUUGUUUUCUGAAGGUUACAGUUAAGCAUGUUCUGGAGAAAUUAUUCUUUGUUCCUUUUUCCAUGGCUUUCUAGGGAAUCAGCCCUGAACCAAUUCAUCUAAAGAUUUUUUCCCCUAAUGUGGUCAAUCUGACUCUUGUAGAUUUGCCAGGAAUGACAAAGGUAAGAAGGUUUUUGUUGUUGUUGCUGUAGAGUUAACUGAUGAAAGUUCUAUAUUGUUGGGUUGGGUUUUUUUUUUUUUUGCCAAGUGUGAAAUGUGUAUGAGAGAUCAAUUAAUACCUUGUAUUAAUUGAGCCAGUGUGGUGUAGUGGUUAAGAGCGGUAGUCUCGUAAUCUGGGGAACCGAUUUCGCGUCUCCGCUCCUCCACAUGCAGCUGCUGGGUGACCUUGGGCUACACACACUUCUUUGAAGUCUCUCAGCCCCACUCACCUCACAGAGUGUUUGUUGUGGGGGAGGAAGGGAAAGGAGAAUGUUAGCCGCUUUGAGACUCCUUAAAGGGAGUGAAAGGUGGGAUAUCAAAUCCAAACUCCUCUUCUUCUUGUAGCAGACAUUUAAAAAUGUUUCUCGCCAAGAUCCCCAGUUAUCUCCCUUCCUUCCCUACACUAUGCCCAGCAAACCCCACCACAACACUCUGCAAUGGGCUCUCUCAGGUCCCUUUGCCUUCCUCCUUUGUUGUCCCUUGGCUGCCUCAUCUUAACUACAGCAUCACAAGGCCUUUCUGGAAUUAUGAGAGUCAGUCAGCAACCUUUCUCUCCCUAUAAUUCUCAUGUUUUGGGGUUUCCUUCCUGGCUUUCUCUCCUCCUCCUAGGAGUGGCCUUUAGAUGUUGUGCAUUAGGAGACCUAACUGCAUAUGCAUCGCUCUCAAUAGAUGUGGUUAAAAGAAGGAAGGUCCACUUUCUUUUUCUUCUUCUCCUCACACAGGUGCCUGUAGGUGAUCAACCAAAGGAUAUUGAACUUCAGAUCCGAGAACUAAUCCUUAGAUUCAUUAGUAACCCAAAUUCAAUUAUUCUGGCAGUCACUGCUGCCAACACGGACAUGGCCACUUCUGAGGCCCUCAAAAUAGCACGGGAAGUGGAUCCAGAUGGUAAGUGGAGGGGGGAAAUCAGGUUUCAGCAUGUCUGAUUUUUCUCUUUCUAGGAAACACACUUGUACAACACAGUUGAUGAUGUAACUCAGGGAUGGGGAACCUUUGGCCUUCCAGAUAUUGUUUGGCUCCAGCUCCCAUCAACCCUGACUAUUGGCCAUGCUGGCUAGGAUGGGAGCUGGAGUUCAAUAUCUGGAGGACCACAGUUACACCAUCCCUGUAGCUGUUAGCCCUUAAAAUCUACUGUAUCUACUGCCUGUUCUUACAAAUGUGAUUUGAAGAAGGGGUAGUUUGCAAUUGUAAUUUGUGCAAUUGAAAUGGCAAGAUGCUUUCAAAGAGUUACCCGGUUGAAGUGCUUUCAGGCCUUCAAAUUGAAGUCACAUCCAUUAAUUUCAGUGGGUCUACCCCGAGUAAGACUAAAAAUUGAUACAACUCUACAUACAUAAACCAACCAUGAUCUCCCAGAGAAGACUUUCAGGCACCUUGGUCCUUUCUGGUUCUUUUUGCUGCUGCCCCAUGCUGAGCUAAGCCAAAGUUUGGCUCAUCUAAAGCUGGGUUCCUUGCUAGCCUUUGUCAUGGAUGUGUUUGCAGCUGUGAGCUCCUCUGGGAGAAAUGGCAAACCAGCCUUGGUCCUAGCACAAACUCGCAAUUAAUCUGAGAAUGAGUAAAUGAGUAAUGGUGAAUUUCUCUUCUCCUGCAUAGCCGUGUUCACUGGUGCCUUUCCACAUUUCCUUUUGUUUUUACUUUGGGUAGCUGUUUCCUAGGCUUGACAAAGUUAACCCAUGACCAGCUUAAUGUAAAAUGACAGUUUUCCUGCCGCUCUGUUAGGGCGGCGCACCCUUGCUGUGAUCACAAAGCUGGAUCUCAUGGAUGCUGGCACUGAUGCUAUGGACGUACUUAUGGGAAGAGUGAUCCCUGUUAAACUCGGCAUCAUUGGCGUGGUGAAUAGGUGAGUAGCAUCAGAAUGUGGUCCUUCCGUUACAAAGCAGUGCUUUACAUUCCCGUGUUUUUGUGCCCUGUGGGGAGAGGGUUGAGGCUGUUGCAAUUACUGGGCUCUUUGGUCCUCAAAUCGUUCUUGGAUGUUUCUAAGACUAGUACGAUGGGAAGGCCUAGGAGAAUUGUGGCCUCCUACGCCGGUAGGAGCAGUUUGGACCAGUUUAUUUGAGGGAUUACCUUACUCCACUUUGCCCAUUUGACCGCUUUGAUCUGCAGUACAACCACCAACAUAGCAUUGUAAGAAAUAUAUCUUCUAGGGUGAUAAUCACCCACACUUUGGAACUGCCUGCCUAUUGAAAUUGUUCACAGAUGCCUUUGCAGUGCUCUUUUCAAUGACUGUUUUGUUCAGGCAUUCCUAUCUAGACAUGUAGCAGCUGACAUGGGCUUUGAUCUUGUUUUUUAACAAUUGGUUUCAAUUACACUUUGGUUUUUAAAGUUUUAACUUGGUCUUUUGUUGAUAAUUUCAGUGUUUUAUUUUUGUGUAAAUUGCUUAGAGGUUUUUUUGUUUUUUUGCAAGUGACCAGUUUAUAAAUUUUGUUAGAUAAAUAAAUCUGAUGCCAACUGAUUUAGGAUAGCGUCAUGGCAUAAUGUCACUGUUCCUUCUAAGCCAGAAGAACAUGUUAAUUAGAUUUUGGCAACAGAAAAAGAAAAUGAAAUGGUAUCUAAAUUAAAUGAAACAUGAUUAAUUUUCUGUCUCAUUUUUAGGAGUCAGUUAGAUAUUAACAAUAAGAAGAGUGUUGCUGAUUCAAUUCGUGAUGAGUAUGGUUUUCUCCAGAAGAAGUACCCCUCUCUAGCCAACCGGAAUGGAACAAAGUACCUUGCUAGGACACUCAAUAGGUACAAGGAACUGCUUUGAUCCUAGUUUAGAUUUUUCUCCAGUUAGAAUUGUUUUGACUUGUUCUGGCCCAUCCCAGUUGUGUACAGCUUUUUUGCACUUGGCUGGUGAAGCCGGUAUUUAAGGGACAAGUGACUGAUAACAUCCUGAUAUUUUCAGUUCUUUUGCAGUUUUGAGUCUUGCACGUGGAGGCCAUGAAUGGAAAGCUGGCAGUUAUUUGGGAGGGAUUGGAUGAUUUGGUGUGCAUGGCCAGUUUCAUCUGAUUCUUCCCAGUGCUCUUUCAGGAUGCCAAACGUAGAAUGGAUGAGUGACUGUUUUCAUUGAGAGGGAAGUAUGGGGUUGAGUUACAUGUUAAACCUCAGACUUGGGGUUGAAUCCAACCAAGUCAUUGCAUGAGUGCAAUGGCUUCUGCAAACAAAAAGGAACUCUCCAUCCUGUGCCACCCGCCCCCUCCCCCAGAUCUGCUCCAGAGUGUUGGGAGAACCCCCAGAGCAGAUAUCGGGAGGAUGCUGGAGGUGGGAUGUGGCGUGGGGAGUUCCAUUGAGCUCAUGGAAAUUGUUUCACUUUUGCAAUAACUUAGUUACAUACAACCUUUUGUUUACAGUACUGAAUUUUGGAUUGUGCUCUACAUCAUACUGGCAGUAUGUGGUGUACAAAGUACUAUAUUUUAAGGUAAUUGCCACUGCUACCUUUACAGCAGUGGUACACCUGUAAGAUAAAUUUUGCCUCCCUUAUUGUCUUUGAACCACAUCAUUUGUAGUUGUUGUCUGAAGAAGAUCUUUAACUGAUACAUUUUUUUAGUCUGCGAAAGAUUGCGGAUAGGAUUAGAAGAUGAAGUUUUAUCUGCGUACACAUGCUUUAUUAAUUACCGCUUAUGUCUUGAAGAAUAAGAGAGAGAGAAAGUGAUGAACAGUUAAAAUCUCCUGAGGUUGUUGGUAGUGCUGGUUCCAUUUGCCCUAAACCACACCUCACUUCAACCUGACAUCCACAGACAGCUCAUAUUAGGUUCUUGGGGGAGCUGAUUUAAAUUUGGAAAGAGGGAGCUGGUUAAAUACCUUAUCGCAAACUGCUGCUUUCCCUAUGCUCAGUGAGCCAGAUGAGCUGAAAACAAACACAUGCAGAAGAUCACCAUCCCAGGUCUCCGAAAUGAAGUUGAGUUUGGCCCUAACUGAAAUAAAUAAUUAUUUAAAAAUGGAAACUUUGAUUUAUAAUGAGUCAUUGGUCCAAUUAGCUCAAUAUUGUCUACACUGAUUGGCAGUGUUUCUCCAGUGUUUCAUUCAGACUGGGUACAUUCCCAGUUCUACCUAGAGAUGCUGGGGAUUGAAACAGACCUUCUGCAUGCAAGGCAGAUUGUCUGCCACUGAGCUAUCGCCCUUGCCUCCUACUCUGUAAGGUUUGAUCCCCCCCCCCCCAAAAAAAAAUCUGUAUGUUAGUUUUGUAGAGUUUUCUGUUGAAUGGCAGUAGCAUAGAAUCAUGAUGGCUUUUAGACUGGUGAAAUAUUAGGCAUUUAAACCCAUAGUAAGCUACCGCUGGGAGAAUGUCCCACUUGCUUAAAAGAAAAUGAUGGUUGCUUAAUAACUGAAAUGUGCUCAUGAAAAACUGAGUGGAUUGCAUGUUUUGAGCUGUUUUCCUUAAAGUGUUGCAUUUUCAAAUUCUGUUUUUAGGUUGCUUAUGCAUCACAUCAGGGAUUGCUUGCCAGAACUGAAAACCAGAAUCAAUGUUCUAGCUGCUCAGUAUCAGUCUCUGCUGAACGGCUACGGGGAGCCUGUAGAUGACAAGAGUGCCACAUUACUGCAGCUGAUUACCAAAUUUGCCACCGAAUAUUGCAACACCAUUGAAGGGACAGCAAAGUACAUCGAGACUUCAGAACUGUAAGCACAACUUCUAAUUUGGCGUGAAGUUGACAUGGAUGGCAGAUUGUUUAGAAACAUUGCAAUUAAACUGAAAUUUGCUACAUUUUUAUGAAUCCAAUGAGCUCAAGUAUAGGCAAUAUUAUUUGGCUUCCCUAUUUUCCUCCCUGUUGUCUCAGUGACUGUUUUUCCAUUUUCCAGGUGCGGUGGAGCUAGGAUUUGCUACAUUUUCCAUGAAACCUUUGGGCGUACCUUAGAAUCUGUUGAUCCACUAGGUGGCCUUAACACCAUCGACAUAUUGACAGCCAUUAGAAAUGCUACUGUAGGUAUUAUCCUUCUUUAACUUCCUGUAUAAGAUGCAGUAUCACUUUGCUGACCUGCACUCUCUAUGCAGUGGGUGGAGUUUCAGUGCCUGUAGAGCAUACAGCUUAGUGCUGUCUUGGGAAAGGGCACAGCACCCUGGGGAAUCUAAAUUAUUACAACGGAAUAAAAAUGAAUCUGUUUCCUUUUGGCUUGUCUAGGGUCCCCGCCCGGCCCUGUUUGUGCCUGAAGUUUCAUUUGAGCUCCUAGUAAAGAGGCAAAUCAAACGAUUGGAAGAGCCCAGCUUGCGUUGUGUGGAGCUUGUUCACGAGGAAAUGCAGAGGAUUAUUCAGCAUUGUAGCAAUUACAGUACACAGGUAAAAGAAGGAGCUAAUUUGCAAAAAUGUGUGUCUCACAGGGUGUGAAAAUAUCCCAGAAGAAACAUAUGAUGGUGGUAUGGGUGGCAGAUAAAUAAUUUUAUCAUUUACAUGCAGCCGACUUGACUGGGUUACCCCAGCUACUUUGGGCAGCUUGCAGCAAAAUACAAAAUCAACAUAAAACAUUAAAAACUUCCUUAUACAGGGCUGCCUUCAGACGUCUUCUAAAAGCCAUAGUUGUUUAUCUGCUUGGCAUCUGACGGGAGGGUGUUCCACUAGGAUGCAUUAUUUGGACAGUGCCUUUUGAGAGAACUCUUCUGCUUGGAAGAUGGAGUUGACAACUUUAAACUGAAAACUGCCAGAGUACUAAUGUGGACUCACAUAGGGUUGUGUGUAUACAUAUGCAUUCUUGUAUUAUAUUGGGGUGGGCAAGUGAUUGUGGUCCUCCAGGCUUCUCUGUGCAGCACAAGCCACACCUCUCACUUGCCCUGCCAUGCAGUCUCAUCUAAUGAACGUUUCCUUGAACUGUGAUCAUGUGAACUUAGUUUGUGUGAUCUAUGAUUAAUUCAGUUAGAUAGUUCAGAAGUCAAACUCUUUCGUUGUUUUGUUUGUAUUCAGGAAUUGUUGCGUUUUCCGAAGCUCCACGAUGCCAUCGUUGAGGUUGUGACUAGUCUUUUGCGUCGAAGGCUACCAGUUACAAAUGAAAUGGUAAUCUAUUGUGGAGCUUGCUGUGUGCAGUGGCACGUUCCUUUUAAUGGAGAGUAUUGGUGAAAAUUCUGUAUUCCACUGUGGGCCUAGUUAGACUGAUGUGUAAAGAAUAAUUUUGGGGUUUAGCAUAAUAGAUUUGGAAGACAGGAGUGCCUGGCGUGCUCUGGUCCAUGGGGUCAUGAAGAGUCGGACACGACUAAACGACUAAACAACAACAACAACAACAAUAAUAGAUUUGCAGAUGAAUACUCCUCAGUGCCAGGAUGCUCCCAGCUAGGGAUGCCAUUAUUUCCUUGCAGUUGUAAGCUCCCCUCUGGUCUUAAUUUUAAUUUGUUUUUUCCUGCUUCUAUUGGUCCCUUGGGAACAAAAGGGGGAUUUGUCUGUGUCCCAAGAAGUUGCAAAAACGUUUUUUUUACUGGCUGCUCUCAGAGGUAUCCUGCUGUAAAACUGUGAUGCCAAAAGUUUUUUUGUGUUCCCUCAAAAUGUAUCCAUUUAAAAACAGUGUUGGGGUUUUUUUUUGUUUAACCUGACCGCUCCAUGGGUCUCCUGCCAAAAGACUUUUGUGAUCUCCUGCAAAGAUGAUUUCCAUUGUAGGAAAAAUGGCCACACCCACUUUUAAAGUUUGGCUACACCCAGUUUGACAUGUGACCUCCAGAGGGCCAGAAAAAGACUAGCCAUCGCCGAUGUGAUACAUUAAGCCAGUAACUUCAGGAGAUACAUGGUUAAAUGCAAUGGUGUAACAGCCAUCACCAACCUGCUACCUUCCAGAGGUUUGUGUCUGCAACUCUCAUCAACCCUUGCCAGCAUGACAUGAUAGGCCGACAGGUUGGCAAAGGCUGGUGUAAAAUGAUUUGCCCUUGGCAGAUCUUAGGAUCCUAUGCUAGUGCUGUGCGACUGAACUGCAUUUAUAUGGAUGUUUUUGCUACUGAGAUCAAUUCUAGGUUAUUUGUCAUGAUCCCUUCCCUAACAUUCACUGCAAUGGGCAAAAUUCUAAACUUUUAAUUAUAUUCUUUCUCAUAGGUUCACAAUUUGGUAGCCAUUGAGUUGGCCUAUAUCAACACUAAGCAUCCAGAUUUUGCAGAUGCCUGUGGACUAAUAAACAACAACAUAGAGGUAAAGGGAGAAAGUCUCUCCAUUAAUUACAAAUGGGUCUGCCAUCGCGUGCACAGUUAGUUCUAUUUUGCAAACUCUGAUCUUACUGGAAUUACCAGAUUUUCCUAUCAGCUGCUUUGUAUGAAUAAAGAUUCUAAAGGUGAUACCAAACAUUGGUCAGACUCCAGGUAGAUCCAUUGAAAUCAAUGGACAUCGCCUGCGCUUCUGUCUUCUGUGAGUAUUGCAACUUAAAAGAAACAUAAUGAUCUUGCCUGGGUUGGGCCACAGACCCAUAUAGCAUGGAGGUGUCUCUCAGAGGACAGCAAUAUAAUUAUAAAAAGCUUAUAAGGUGGGUCUGUGACUGCAACAUUUAGCAAUCAGUGGUCAUCUGGCUUUGAACAGAAGGGUUUUCUUACAUCUGCAGUCAGAAUGGAUGUGUGCAGACGCUGUCCAUUCUGGUAUUCUGAAUGAAAAGUCAGCUGGUGCUUUGUCCUUGUGUGUCAAGAGAAUUCCCCCUCCCCUUUUUUCCUUCUACCUUGGUUUUACAUUGCUUGUGUCUCAUUUGGAAGUUUGCUGAUAGGAGUUAUUCUUAUGGAACGUUACCCGGUAGCCUUUUCUGCUCCCUCUUUGUAUAUAUUCUCUCCAGUGUCUGCCAGUGUCAUUAUGUGAGUGUAAAUGAGGGGAGAACCCACUCAACCACUUUGCUAAGAAUUCCAAAUAGCUCUGUUUGGAAAGAGAGGACACCCCAGCUUUCCUUUUUAUGUGGCAUGAGCAUAUUGAAUGUUUUUUAUGCUUUUUCUUUCAAAGGAGCAAAGGCGGAACAGGUUAGCCAGAGAGAUGCCUUCUGCUGGGUCACGAGACAAGGUGAGUUGUUUGGCUUGAUAUACUUCAUGGAAUUUGGAAGUGGUGCUUAAGAUCAAGUCAGUCAUAAUGUUACCACAGUAAUUAACAAAGAGCUCCAUUUAUUCAUGGGAGUCUGGAGUUGUUGGGCGGUUCUGUUCCAAAAAUUCAAGUGCAUGCAGUCUUCUGAAAUUUCAGCCACCAAGAGGGAUCAAGGAGGCUCAGUUAAAAUAAUCAGACAAGCAAUGCUGACGUCAUUUUCUGCCCUUCUUGCUUCUUUAGUCCACUAAGCCUCCUGGUGUUUUGGCACCACCCACCCAGGAGACCCCUACUGCUGGUUCUGCCGAGGUUGAUGGCAAGGUCUGUCUUUGUUUCUUCCUCUAAGCACUGCAUGCUGAAAUCAUUUCGUGGUGCACUCUGGUAGUGGUUGAACAUGAUUCUCAUAAGCAUAAGCAUUUUUGUCCAGAUUUUGCCUGUCCCAGAUCAUGUGUUGCCAGCUGACAAAGUUGGCUAGUUAAUUUAAUUACAUUAAGGUAGUAGGUUUCAAGUUAUGUCUUGGGGAGCCUUGGAGCUUUCUUUCCACUACUGCUCUGUUCCUGUUGUGGGCAGCUUCAGGAGGCUGUUGGUUGUGUGUUCUUAGGGCAUUGUUCUUCAGUGUUGGAUCACCAGUGGUUGUUGGAUCACACUCCCAUGAUCUCCAUCCAUCAGAGCCCAGGGGUCAGGGAUGAAGGGAAUUGGUAGCCCUGCAACAUCUGGAGAUGCAAGGUUGAAUAACACUGUUCUGAGUAAAGCUGUGAUUUUGCAGCUGUAAGCUGCAUCUGUGACAAACAAAAGUUCUGCUUGAGCUGACUCUUGUGCCCUAAGAUACCUAUUCCCAAAUCUCUUGCAACACCCACUUUAACCUUAAAUAUUUGAGCUGCCAGUCUUUUGUAUGAAACUUGAAAAUGUGAUGAUUUUAAAAGUCUGUUAGGUUUAUUCUGGUGCGUAUCAGGAUACAAGAUCGCACAUUUACCAGCCUGCCUGCCACAGCUCCUUCACCUUGAGCAUGUCCAGCUGAAAUGCUGCAAGUAGAGGAUUGAUAAAGUAGGGAAUCUGCUGUGCAGAAAUAACCCAUAUUCCAAACCAAACCAUUUAACAUCAUUCAUAUUUUGGGUAUUAAGCCAUUGUACCAGUGAAGACUAUAUAUGUAUCAAAGGUCUAAGAGGAGUCUGCAUGUGCAGGAGAUUGGGGAUAGGCCUUUGGACACAUUCCCAUCCCAUGAACACCAUUUUAACCUUCACGUGUUCGCAUGAAUGACUGAAGAGGGCUUAGAAAAAAACUGGGAUGCUCUGAGUUUUACCAUUUGUUCUGUUCAGUGGGAAAAGCCCACUUAAUGAGGAUGAGAGAUUUUCUUAGUUGGGCUGGGGAACCUGCGGUUCUUCAGAUGUUGGAGAUGGUGGGAGCUGUAGUCCAACAACAUUUGGAGGGCCAAAGGUUAGCUAUCUUGGUUCAUAGCCAUUCAACCCACCUAGGGUCACCAAAGGAGCAGAUAAGAGUUCACAUAAUCUCGUAGCCUUCCCCCGUAAGUUUCUCUUGCUUCUGACAGAAACAUUGGUCCAGAUCAGACAAUUGUUCCCAUAGCUAAAUAUAACUGUGUGGCUUAAUACAGUGAAGCUGGCACUCAAGGAAAGCUGAAAGAGGGGCUCUCAGCCUCAACACUCUUUCUGCGCUGCAUGGUUUAUGAUCCAGGAAUGAUAAUUCAAACUGAGCCUCUUGAAUUAUUGAGCAUAUCAAAACACCAAAUGACCAUUUUUAAAAAACAUCCGCCCAUCUCUUUGUUUGAUGCUUCCUCUCAUCCUUGUGUGCGCUGAUGUAAACUCAGUCUUGAUUAUAAUCGGUUGCUACAGCCUAUCAUCUUUCUCAUGUACUUAAUAAAGUUUGUCUGUAGUUCUCUUGCUGAAUACCUAGGUAUGUUUGCAUGUCAACCUGAGUGAUGAAACAGAACCAAUGGAGAACAAAUCCCCUUUCAGCUAUGAAGCUCACUGGGUAGCUUGUCACUGUUUUUAUUUAUUUAGGCAGUUUAUAAACCUCCCCGUCAUCCAGCAUGUUGUGGCUUCCAAGGCUGCUACAUUCAAACUGAAAUAUUGAAUACAUUAAAACUCCAUUAAACAGUAAAUAUCAUGCAGUCGUAAUAUCAAUAAAAUCCAUCAGAGCCAUAAAACCAAACACUAAUGCCAGUUGUAAACUAUGCUGGAAUGCCUGGGCAAGUUGGAAAGUCUUUCUGCUUUUUGGAGCCAGGCAAAGUUGGUGGCAUUUGGGCUUUUCUGGAGAUGGCUUUCUGUGUGUAUUUAGGGCACUAUUCAGUCUAACCUUCCUCAAUGGUGUGUGUGUUAAAUUGAAGAUUUAAUUUCUUGCAUGUAGAAUGGGAUUAAAUGAAUCACUAAUAAUCAAGCAUUUGGAACGCAGGACAUUUUCCUUGCAAAUAACUGAUUGGAAUUUGGGUAUUGUAUAUUUUCUUUGUAUUAGACAUCCUCUGCUGUGGGAGAUGGAGCUCAGGAAGCCGGAACAGGCAACUGGAGAGGCAUGCUGAAAACCUCCAGAGCUGAGGAAAUAUUAGCUGAGGAAAAAUCAAAACCAGUAACGGUCCUACCUGCUAGCCCUCAAAGAGGCCAUGCUGUAAAUUUGCUGGAUGUGGUGAGUUCUCAGCAUAGGAACAAAAUUUGCAAGCUGGUACAAGAAGAGCAGGGUGUGCUCCUCACAGAACUUAGGAGUGGGCAGGGUUUGGUCCUUUUGAGUUAUGUUCUCAACCCCCGUUUUUAAACAUGGCUGUCAGCCAAAAGUAUAUUGUAGCUAGUAGCCAGGAUAGAGGUAUUCUUUAGGGGUAAAAGGUAAAGGUACCCCUGCCCAUACGGGCCAGUCUUGACAGACUAGGGUUGUGCGCUCAUCUCACUCUAUAGGCCGGGAGCCAGCGCUGUCCGCAGACACUUCCGGGUCACGUGGCCAGCGUGGCAAGCUGCAUCUGGCGAGCCAGCGCAGCACACGGAACGCCGUUUACCUUCCCGCUGGUAAGCGGUCCCUAUUUAUCUACUUGCACCCGGGGGUGCUUUCAAACUGCUAGGUUGGCAGGUGCUGGGACCGAACGACGGGAGUGCACCCCGCCGCGGGGAUUCAAACCGCCGACCAUGCGAUCGGCAAGUCCUAGGCGCUGAGGUUUUACCCACAGCGCCACCCGCGUCCCAAAAGUAUAUUGUAGCUAGUAGCCAGGAUAGAGGUAUUCUUUAGGGGUGGGGGAAUACAAAUUUAUUGAUCACCAUGAAUUCUAAAAGGUACUUUUGGUUUGUGCGAACAAGUACUUAAUUUAUAUCAGCUGCAUAUUUUACAUGCUAACUCUGUACCAAAUUAUGCACCACUAUAUUUAUACAUUCAGUUGGACUAUCAUGUGCAAAUUAGCAAAAUGGACAGGGUGGUUCAGAUUUCAUGCAGUAGGAGAGGAAUAGAACAUUAUAACCCACUCUUUAUCUAAAAGGGCUCUCAGAGUGGCUUAUAAAUGACAGUACAAUAAUUCAACUAAUCGUUUAAUAGCAAAAUGCUACUGGUUUGUGCAUUCUGUACCAUCCUGCCACUGUGAUUUUUGUAGCCGAUUGCACAGACUGUCAUUUUAACAGAGGUUGAAAUGAUAGAUGGAGAGAGGUGAGACUCAUGGGUUAUUUUUAAACAAGGAUAUGCACUGUUUAUACAGGAAAUAUAUGUAAUAUGGAGUAGCUUGAGUUUUCCCAGGCUGUUUGUGGCUUUGUUAGUGAUGAUGUUGUCAUGUCCAUAAGCUUUACUCUAUAAUAUUAAGGGCUGGAAACAUGCUCUUAAAAACACAAAGAAUAAAAAGCUCAAUUUUGAGGAGCUGUGUUCUUAGACCUGGCAUAUUUCUCAAGAACAAUGUCCAUUCACUCCAGCAAAGAACAGCAUGUCAUCUUUUUUUAAGGCCCAGGAUCUAUUGUGACUUGUUCACAAGUGACAGCAAUGAUGCCACCAUUUCCCCCAAGAGUCAGGUAUGUUGUGUCACCUCCAAGGUUUUAAUCUGUAAAGCCUCAUAUUAACAAUUUGUUUUUUUUAAAAAAAAAUUCUCUUGACACUUGCCAGCAUUGUUAUGUCACCAGACGGAAGCCACCUCUAAAAUCCAGGUGUAUUUGCCACCUUCUUGUAGUUCCGUCUGAACCUGACUGUCCUUUUUGAAGUCCAGUGGAACUGCAGGCUCAUGAAAUAUUUUUGACUCUGCUUUUUCCUGCAUCAGCCUGUUCCUGUUGCACGCAAGCUUUCAGCCCGAGAGCAACGAGACUGCGAGGUGAUUGAACGCCUUAUCAAAUCCUACUUCCUGAUUGUGAGGAAGAACAUACAAGACAGGUUUGCGAUCUUACUUUUUCAGGAUUUGACCCUCUCAUUGCUUUAUUAUUAAUUCCGAUAGUAUUUUUUACUGUUCAAAAUAUACAGUUGAGCAGCUCUAUGUAGUUUCUUUCCUGUACUUCAGUUCUAACGGACUGUUUCACAAAAAUAACCAUGAAGUUUUAGAGUUUUGGUGUUUUAGCACGGAAACAAAUGUUGCCAUAUUGCGAGUUAUCUUCAGGGUUGUUGUUUCUAAAUUCUGUAAAUACAAAAUACAUGUAUCAUACAACCAAUUUAUUACCAAAUGAUAGUCUAAAACCAUGUGUUAUAAAUACCAAUGUUAGUCUAUCUCAAGAGUAGAUCCAUUGAAAUUAAUGAAUGUAAGUAACAAGUUCAUUCAUUUAAGUCAGUCUGCUCAGAGUAGUCUGAGGUGGCCUCAGUAGCAUGGAAUGCCAUAUACCAGCUUUGGCUGGUGCCCUAGCUACACACCUUUCUGGACAGGGGUAGUCUGACUUCUGUUACCUACACUCGUAACCUGUAGGCUAGAUUGCUGCAAUGUGUUAUACGUUGGGCUGCCUCUGAAGAUGGUUUGGGCACUUCAGCUGUUGCAGAAUUCAGCAGCCAGCUUGCUCACCCGGAAAAACAGUUUGAGCAUAUAGCACUGAUCCUAACCCAACUGUAUUGGCUGCAACUUGGUUUCUGGGCCCUAUUCAAACAGUUGGUUUUGACUACAUGUCUCAGGACCCCAAUACAAGGACUGUCUCUUUCCAUAUGAACUAACCUGGACCCUGCAACCAUCACUUGAGGUCAUUCUUCAUAUGCCCCCUCCAUGAGAGAUCUGAAGAGUGGCAACAUGAGAAUGGGCCUUUUAUGUGGUGGCUCCCUGCUUGUGGAAUGUUCUCCCUAGGAAGGCUCACCUGGCACCUCAUUACAUAUUUUUAGGUGCCAGACAAAAAUAAUUCCUCUUCAACCAGGCCUUUGAUGGUUAAAUAGUCUAUGGUCUUUUAAGUGUUCGGGGGAAGGUUAUUAAUCAUUGUUGUGUAUUUUGUGUUUUUAUGUUGUAAUCUGCCCUGUGAUCUUUGGGUGAAGGGUGGUAUAUAAAUUUAAGAAAGAACCCUUAGCUCCGUGAGUUAUGUGCUUGAUUUAUUUGCUUGCUUGCUUGCAGUGUGCCAAAAGCAGUGAUGCAUUUUUUGGUUAACCACGUGAAAGACUCUCUUCAGAGUGAGCUAGUAGGACAGCUGUACAAAGCCUUAUUGCUGGAUGACCUUUUGACUGAAUCAGAGGACAUGGCUCAGCGCAGGAAGGAGGCAGCUGAUAUGUUACAGGUACUGCAGUCCCUUUUCUGUAACAAGCCAAGUUAGUUUUGUUAUGUACACUAGUAUAGUUAUUUUCAUACUCUGCCACCGUCAGCCUCACAAUUGUGUCUUACAUGGGGGUUUGGUUCUCUGAGAUCUUGUGGGAGCAUCCCAGACCUGGUAUGUAGAGGCAAGAACGUACAAAAAGAGCUUUGAAGCUCUCUGCCUUGCUUGGGAAGCAAGGCCCUUUCCGCAUGCCGGCUUCACUUUUAACUUGUGGGAUUUCAACCAGAUGGCCUUCGACGGUGUAGGGUUGAAAUUGUUCAAGUUAAACGUGCACAAGAUGCGGUUGUAGUGGACCCAAAAUUUAAGAUCCAGUUAGUGCACUCUUUGGCUGAGGUCAUGAGAAUUUCUACCAUUCCUUUUCCAGAUAGGACUGUAUGCAAAGUUCAUUGGCUAUAGACAUGAUCAGAAAUAAGCAGUGUUUUGGCUUGGUUUAUGAACCAAACCAACCCAUCUUCCCUGAAUCUUGCAGCAUGUGAGGUCUUGCAUCUUGCAGAGGUCAGUGCUUUGUUGGCCUCACCCCUCGUGCUACCAUAUUCAGCCAUCACUUAAUUAUUGCCCAAUGAUUUUUAUUGUAUCACUUUUGUGGUUUAUCUCUGCCUGUGACUUGACAAGUAUAAAUCUCAGCAAUUUCUGUUCUUGUCCUAGGCCUUGCAGCGAGCCAGUCAUAUUAUUGCUGAGAUUCGAGAGACACACCUUUGGUGAAGGGCUUCUCCAGCUGGAUGAAGAAAUGGAUGACUUGAAAAUUGCUAGGCGUUAUAUAUACUUAUGAACUUCUAUGUUUACUGCAGUAUGUAUAAAUCUGCUCACAUAAAGACAAUUCAGUUUGGCUUUCUACGGACAGAAAAGUAUGCUGUACUUGCAAAACAAGUCUCAUAUAAUCAACAUAUUUUCUUUACUAGUUUCCUGGUGCAAAGACCAAGGUCUGUUCUCCUGUGAGGAAUUGGACUGGACUGAACUUAAGGAAAGAACCAUGUAAAAAUUCCAGUGCCUGGCUUGCUAAAUGAGUUGCCUGUGGAUAGGAUGAACAGUGUAGUAUUGUGAUGUAGCCUUUUAAGCUGGUUUUGCAAUAUAGGUUUUUCAACCAUGAAGAAAGGACACCAUGAUAUUUUCUUUAAGAUGAAUUUAAUUGCAUGCACUCUAAAGUCUCAAACAGAUAAACCGCACAGUAGAAAUACUGCCUUAUAACUGUGUAAUGUGUACCCUCAUGUUUUAGAACCUUAAAAGAAAUAUCUGGCUAACUUCCAAAAUGCAUUGGCUAUUUUUGUCCUUUAGCUAGAUAAAUCUGGAGUAAGUGGAGAUUCUGCUAAGAAGCGUUAUCAACAAAGAAGUAAUCAGAAUUUGAAGAAUCCUCAUGUCUGGGACCAAAACCCGUGGACAAUCCACUUGUAGAGUUCCAGACUAACAAAACAGCAAUAUUAAAAGGUAUUGUGGCAGAUCAGGUUUCUCCUAAAUCAUUGAAAAGUAGAGAAACUUUAGAAAAUAUUGAUGUAAAAGCACCUGGCCUUUAGAUUAAUUCAAUGGUCCCAACCCAUUACUGUUUUUGAGCUACUUUCAUCUUACGUGUUGGUGUGGUAACUUGCUUGAUUGUCUGCCAUAGUCACCAAAAUCAACAGUAAUGACACUUUAGUUCCUUAAAAUUUUGUAAGUUUAUGUUUAAAGCACAGUACACCUGCUCACACACAUCAUUUUUCCUGCAUGGAAGGAAAAUAUGUGUUACGUUGGAAGAACUAUGUUUUUAGAUUGCUGUGAGGUGCAUAUCCUAAGUACAUAUUGCCUCCCUCAACCUGUGUACUUGUGGGGAAAAAAUAAACCCUUGGCCUUCACACAUUGUGUACAGGAUUUUAUCCACUCAGUCCUUACACAACAGGCUGAAAAGAGUAAACUGAGCUUACAUUUGAGACAAAAGGUAUUGGACAUUAAAUGGGAAUGUUCAGUAGCAGUUUGAAAACAUGCUAUUUCUCUCUUCUUCCCCUUACAGUAUAUUUAAACAUAAUUGUGAUGGUGCCUUUAAGGGUGCAGGCACUUGGAACCUUCUUCAAAAAUCAUACAUACAGCAAGCAUAUUGAAAAUAAAAUCAUGCUUUAAGAUCGCUUCUGAUGCUUUGACAAAUCUGUGGCAUGAUGGUACUUGAGUCAGCCUCCUGAGGGGUAUGUUAACCUCCUACUAAGUUCAGUGAACCUGUACCUAGUGCCCGCUAACGUAGAAUUAUCUCAUUCCCUCUAUUUCUGUUCUUCAGGCAAGAAUGCUGUCACUUAAGUAACCAAAAGGGCACCACCCCAUACCCAAGUAGGCAGUAUGGGUGGGACAACCCCUAUGUUUACAGAAAUACAAAAACAAAAGACUGACUAGAGGGAAACCCAGUCCAGUGAGGGGUAAGGGUACCCAUGAACUGCUGUUGACUGGUGGGGGUCAUGCCAGGUAGAAGGAAGAACGGGCUAAAGUAAUUUAGAGCAUGAAACAAGAACACACUACUGAUGGGGCUAAACAUCUAGAUUGAUGUGAUCAUGUUUCACUAAAGAAUUAACCUGUAAAGGUGAAAACUUCCAGAAGUCACUAUUUUUUUUAUAAAAAAAAAACCACCCCAGUGAUAGUAAGUAUCAGGUGUGGGGACAUUUGGUCCACUAGAUGUUACUAGCUACAACAUUCACCAUCCCUGGCUGUGCUUGCUAGGACCAAUUGGUGUUGUAGUUCAGCAACAUCUGGUAUAAAUUAACAAGGUUGCUGACCUGCAAUGGUUAAAGGCCUUUAGAGGAUGUUUGAUAAAUUUGUCAGAGGAUAAAAAAAGAUAACGUAAGAAUUAAUUCUGAGUAGAUGUCAAAUUACUAUGCAUUCUAAUUUAGCCUGUCUCAUCCACUGUUUUAAAAGGUAUUGAUUUUGCCAGACACAUUAAGACAUGGCCUGGUGAAACCAAUGAGCACUGUCCCAUGGAAGUGGGAUUCAACAUAUAUCCUUGCUUGCUGGAUAUCAGAGGUAUAGUAAUGUGCAAAUAGUUACCAUGUAUGGUGAACCACAGCCUAGGCCCCCUUAUGUGACCCUCAUAAUUCUUUCCCAAGCCACACUGGUCAUUGGCCUUGCACCCUGAACAUUUUUGCAUAGCUGGAAUGGGUCCUUGAAUUCUGAUACAGCUCUUGGUUGCCUGGAUGGAGGAUAGAGGAGACAUAUGUAGAAAUUACUGUAAAAAACUAAAAUUUAUAAUUACAUUUGUUGCUCUGCCCCCAUUUGCUGUAUUCAUCACUGGCAUGUGGACACCAGGAUACAGCUUUGAGCCAGUAAAAGGUUCCUCACAUUAAUAUAUUGCUUAUUUAUUUAUUACUUAUAAUCUCACUGCCCCCCAUCAGAUUUCAGGGUGGUACAGAGGUGGGGAAUUAAGUCUUAUGGUGGAAACUUAACCUUUUCAGCCUCAAUAUUGUUUCAAUUUAUGACACUUCUGUGAUAACCAUGGAUUUUGAAGCAUGCCAAUGUUCAACAAGAUGCUGAGUAUAUAGAUCAUCUGUGGAUUACUACCCCUUGAAAGAAUUCCUAAAGGCAAUCUUGCCCUAAAAAAUACUAAACUACACAAGGAGCAGGGAACUGCCAGCCCACCAGCCUACAAGCCACACAAACACUUUCUACUGACUCCAACGGUGUUUGUCAAAACUAUUGCAGUGAUGUUCUUGAUGGAAGCUUAACCCACAUUCUCCAACAUCACACAUUCCUUCAGCAGUAUUUUUUUGGGGGGUGCAGGACCGUGUUCUAUGUUUGCAGCGGUCACCAUAGCCACAUGUGGCAUGCAGCUCCCAGAGCGACAAGAGGAAAUGCAGCUUUGGGGAACAAAAAGUUCCCCAGCCCUGCUCCAUCUGAAUUGAGAUCGCUAAGGUUUUAAAGGGCAAGCCAGUCUUCACUAGAAAAUCUCUUCAUACUGCCAUGAAGUUUUCAAAUAGACCAUUUCAGUCUCACAUAGUUUCAAGUAAUAUCAGCAGCUGUGAAUAUAUUUAAAAUAGCAGUUACUAAUGCCACUGCUGUACUAGCACUUUCAGUAUUGCUUGCACAGGAUUGAACAAACCACGUUUCUACAAGGUUAGCAUGCGAUGUACUAUAUUAUGCACUUUGAAUCAUCGGGGUGUGUGGGUGGGUGUGACUGCAUUUAGAGUGAUUUUCAUCCUGCCUUUUAGGCUUCUGUAUCUAAGGCAAUGGAACUACACAGCUGUACGUAUUUUAAAAAAUCACUGUCUAGUCCAACUUAGAAUUGAAAAUGCAUAAGCGAAUUGAAAGAACAUUUAACCUAUGCAGACUGAAGGGUAGUUUAUCCAUCAUCAGUACCAAAUGUAUGUAGUUACUUUUGUAAAUAAAGCUGAUUGUGUAGAAAUGAGUUUUACAUCAAUAAACCACAUUUUAAAGUAUUUAACUUCACUUGCUGAGACAGUUGCUAAUGGGUUAGGGGUAAACACUAGGUCACUAUGUCAAGUUAUAUAGCUACAAUAAAUUUCAGAAGGUGUGAAGUUCACCAGCUAACUCAUUUGUACAAGCAGCCUCUUUGAGUAGGUGUUAUUUAAAGGUGUAAAAUUCAACCCAAAUUUUUGAGAUAGGGAGCUUCUACCUACUAUGGCAGUCUGGACAAAACCACUAUUGGAUCAGAGGCCCAACUGUUCACAGGGUAUACAUACUGUAACUCUGAGGCAGUAGACCUAUAUUAACUAUACUUUGCUUAAAACCUAAGGAACUCCCUGUUAGCUGGGAAUCGUAGAACUGCAG